AUGGAAGAAGCCCUUCCUGGAAAAUCAGUUGAUGAGAUCAAGGAUCACUAUAAUAUACUCUUAGAAGAUAUCGAUGCCAUCGAUUCUGGAGGAGCUCCAUUACCUAACUAUCCAGAAAUGCAAAGGAAUGCCAACAAAAAUACGAAAGUAGAUGUUGGAUGGCGAAGAGGGACUCUUUUAACAGAAGAGGAACAUAGGGAUUGGAUAUAUAUAUAUGGAAAAGGUGACUGGAGAAGUAUAUCUAGGCACUGUGUGAUAAAAAGAACCGCAAUGCAGGUGGCUACCCAUGCCCAGAAGUAUUUCAAGCGUAUCGAAGCCAACAAGAAAGGGAACAGAAGAGCAAGAGCAAAACCAAGAAUUCUUGAUAUAACUAUUGUGGAUGAUGAAUUCGGUGGAACUUAUUAA